AGUCCGUGGCUCGUUGGUUGGCCCAGUUGCGAGAAUCACAUCGAGAGCGUCGUCUUCAGCAGCCCCUCGCCGUUCUUGCCCGCCGCCGGAGCUUCUGUACGCGCCGCCGGAGAGCCCGGGCGCGUCCCCUAGGCGCGGGUACGAUAACACCCAAAGUCCCUACACGGCUUCUUCUCCGCCGCCCCAUACCGGCGCGGUACCGUCGGCGCUCGGUGCGCUACCUCUCCGCAUCGCUGGCACCGCCGUUUCCGUCCAACCCCAUCGCAUCCCUGCUGCCUCGACCCCGUCCGCAGUUUUGUUGAUUGGUUUCUAAGCUGCAGCAGAGACAGUGCAUGGCGGCGGCGCCACAUCACCUGCUGUAUGAAUUCGCGAAGGCUGCACUCAUCAAGAUAUUUGCAUUUCCUUAUGCCACGGUCUGCGACAUGUACUGCAACGGCGGAGCUGAUACAGAAAAGUGGGCUGAUGCCCAAGCUGGUCGCUACAUAGGAAUUGACGCUUCUGCGUCGGCUGUCAGUAGUGACGACCGUGAACUGUGGGAGAACAAAUGGAAACCUUUCACCACUGAGUUCAUCGAGUUGAAUCCUUCCGCUGAUGACUUUGAAGCUCAGUUGCAAGAAAAGGGCAUCCAAGCAGAUACAGUUUGCUGCAUGCAGAAUUUACAGUUAUGCUUUGAAAGUGAGGAACACGCAAAGAAGCUUCUCAAUAACGUGUCAUCAUUGCUCAAACCUGGAGGCUAUUUCUUUGGCAUAAUUCCUGAUUCAUCUACAUUAUGGACUAAAUAUCAAAAGAAUGUUGAGGCUUCACAUAAUAAGGGUCUGAAGGUUGUUCCAAAUAGCAUCCGCUCUGACAACUAUACAAUUACCUUCGAAAUCGAGGAAGAAAAGUUUCCCUUCUUCGGAAAGAAGUACCAACUCAAAUUUGCAAAUGAAGCAAUGUUUGAGAAUCAUUGCCUCGUUCACUUUCCCAGCCUUAUGAGAUUAGCAAGGGAGGCUGGACUUGAAUAUGUGGAGAUCCAGAACUUAACUGAGUUUUAUGAUGACAACAGAACUCAGUUUGCUCCAAUGCUUGGUAGUUGUGGUGCCAAUUUGGUUGACCCUCGUGGAAAGCUCAUUGCUCGUUCCUAUGAUAUUUUAGGCCUGUAUUCGACUUUUGUGUUCCAGAAGCCUGAUCCAGAUGCAAUACCACCUGUUGUAACACCUGACCCAGAUGAAGAGCAGGAGAGGCUCUGGAGGCAGCAGGCGGCAGCGGAUGAUUUGAGACGGCCACAGGCAGAGGUGAUGCCAAUAGACCCUGAUCAGAAAGGGAUCCUGGGCCCAGGACCUGCAGAUAUGAGGCUUAAUUAGUUUGCCAGAAAAUUCAGAUGUAGAUAUAGACUUGGGGUAAUUCUGCUCUCUCAGUUGAUGGUGCAUGGCCAUGCUUGUGACCUCCCCUGUGUCGCUAGUUGAUCUGAAGCUCAUGUCAAAAGGGAAAAAGGUUGAUCUGAAGCUCACGCGGGUGGUUGAUGCAAGUUUGGGCAUUCGUUGAAGUCCACCAGGCCAAUUUCCAUGUGUGCUGUCAUCACCAGUAGUCUAUUUCAAGUCAUGUUGCAUUAGGUCCUAACUAGUAGUACAAGGUAUUUUAUUAUGUAGAGGUACACUUAAGUUGUGUGCUUUGUAUAGCAUGGCUUUUCAGAAUUUUGUGCUAGUGUGACUGUGAAGGACUUAUCUUUCUACUACUCCCUCUGUCCCAUAAUGUAAUGUCAAAAAAGUCUUAUAUUAUGGGAAUUAUGGGAAGGAGGGAGUAGAUGAUACAACUAUUGGUGAAAACAGUUUUGAUCAAUUGACUGCAGCAUAACGUGGAUGCACGCCACAA